ACCUAUGAAACUGGAAAUAUUAUAUCUAUAUAUAAGUAAAAAUUUACUUCCCUUGUUCUGAGAUUUUUACGCAUCGGCAGAGCGACAGAGAGGAUCAGGGCAUUGCUAGGGCGUAAAAGAUCGUUAGUCAUGGCUGGAUCAGGAAGUUCGAUGCUAUAUUCAUUUCUUUUGUUUACUGUCAUUCUUUCACUCCAAGAAAUGUAUCGAGGGAAGUUAGCAUCGUCGGAGCUUUUUACAAUACUUGGAGGAUUCAUCAGCUCCCUCUUGUUUCUUGUGUUACUAACAUUCAUUGGGAAUUUCCAGGAAGCAAGUGGAGUGAAGACCGGCUGGGGUGCUGUCAUAUUAGCAGAAGCUGUAGCACUGAUUGCUGCUAGCACUGUCCACCGAGUGUGUAUCACAACAUGUUUCUUGUUCUCGGCCGGGUUACUUUAUGAGGUCAACAAGAUUUCAGCAGUGACUGUUUCUAAAAUUGAAUCGAAAGCAAAGAGGCACUGAGCUAAUAAUUCCUUUUCAGUAUAAAAGGUAUUUGAUUAGAAGGUUGCCUGUUUGUGCUAUUAGGGGAUUAAGAUGUAAUCAAAAGUUAUCAGUGAUGCCAAUUUAGAAAAUUUCCUUUAGACGUUACUGCUUUUCACUUAUUGGCUCCAAGGACUUGUACAUGUGUGGAUGGCAGAUAGAUCUUCACCCCACUCUGCUUCCUCACCCUUUAUUUCUUUUGAAUGAAGAAUUUUGAGAA